GCCAGGAGUCCUGUUCCUGAGGACACAGCCGAGGAGGGGGUCUCUGCCGGGAGCCCUGUUCCUGAGGACACAGCCGAGGAGGGGGUCUCUGCCGGGAGCCCUGUUCCUGAGGACACAGCAGAGGAGGGGGUCUCUGCGGGGAGCCCUGUUCCUGAGGACACAGCGGAGGAGGGGGUCUCUGCCGGGAGCCCUGUUCCUGAGGACACAGCGGAGGAGGAGGUCUCUGCCUCGGCUGGCCCCAGGGACCCAAUCCAGCACCCCUCUGCGGCCAUAUCAAUCUCCAGCCACUCCUCCACUCACGGCGUGGAACCCGUGGCCUCCAACCGCCUGUGCACGCAGCGCCCGUGUGAUCCCCCCGGCGCAGGCAUAAAGAGAAAGAGCUCGGCACGCGUCAGAGAGGCCGAAGUGGAGGGAGAAGAAAAGUCCCUUUUCUACAUGAAGGUCCAGGCCGUGAAUGGCGUCUCGGUGGCCUGGGAGACCGGGACCGGCUUUGAAGCCAUUAGGAAGCGACCUCGCAUCUUUAAGGCCAAGUACAGCGGAGGAGAAAGCUUUGCCGGCUCAGACCUGAGCAGCUCCCACACCAAGUCCGAGCUGGGGGACGUGGACCAAGAGGCAGAGAGUGGCGCCGGGGGGCCGGCAGAGGAGGCGCUGCAGCAGCCGACGGGAGUGCCCCCUGAGUGGCUCCUCACCAUCGAGCAGGGCGUGCGGUGCCUGGCCUGCUGCCGAGUCUUUCCCAGCCUGGAGGCCCUGACCCAGCAUGUGAAGCAGGGGCUGCGCGAAGGCUUCAGCUGCCGUGUCUACUACCGGGUGCUGGGGCAGAUGAGGGCAAGAGAGAGGUCCCAGAGGAGACGGCAACGCGGAGGCCGGGGUUUCCAGCCACGCGUCCGGGAGUGCAGCAAGUGUGGGGGACAGAUACGGCGCCCACACAAGGCUGCGAAAUAGGCCUGGCUAAGCCACGCGGGGGGGAGCCCAGCUGCUGGCUGAGACCAGAAACGACUCUGCCAGGAGAGCCCUAAAUCCACAGAGGGGCGAGCGCAGCCAGCAGCGGGUCCGGGUCACACACGCCAGUCGCUGCCCCCGGCUAGGAAGCCCUGUCCCCUCCUGGCUUGCCAGCCAGACCCGAUCUCCACCUGAGGCCAGGACAAGGAGCUCUGGGACUCACCGUGAUACGCCCAGGUCCCUGCUUGGGAAAGACCAGCGCUACAAGCAUCAGGGCUGAGAACUGGCAGCUCCAGCAGCACCAGGCCAACUUCAUCCCAGCCCAGCACUCCAGACCCACACCAAGCUCCCCCCUGGGGCCAACAGGCCAAACCGGAGCUGCCGGUCUCCCCCCAUCCCCCAGCCCGGCCGGAGGAGCAACCUGCAGCUCCCGCAGCAAGGCCUUGCAGAUGCCAGCAGAGCCCCAGACAGCAAUGCCGGGCCCCAGCCCUCCAUAGGGCUCUGGCCGACCCGGACCCAGCCACCAGGGACGGGGAAAGAACUGACGGCAUCAGCCAGCUCUCUCC